AUGGACUUCAGGACACUCCCGGGCGAUGUAGUCAUAUUGAUCAUGCAAUAUCUGUCUGCACGCGACCUGGCUGCCAUCACGCAGACAUGCAGAUUCCUACAUGACCUGGUGAACGGUCACGGUUGGAGAGCGCAUGCGCGAUACAACGUUCGGCCAUCCCACAGCCUACGCAAAGCGUUGUCUAUAUGGGACCCAUAUUCGCAGGUCAAAUAUCAGGCCAUUACUGACCACAAUUGGUCGAAGCAGCACUUCAUUGCUAGACCCCUUAACUCCAAGUGGGCCGGAAAAUUGCAGCCAGCACUGACAAUCAAUGACUCAAGGCUCUUCGUUGGUGCUGGCCAUGCCAUCUACACAUACACCUUCACCAGCUCAAAACCUUGUGAAUCUCCUGGCAUCCAGGCCGAGGGUGUAUAUCUUAUCGCGGACCGCUUCGAGGCGCGCCACGACAUCACAAGCCUGGCCUCCGUAGACGCAGGAGGCCCAGACAGCACAGUGUUCGUUGGCUACGCUGACGGAGAGCUGGAACGCAUCACGCUACCAUCUGAGAAGACGAGCUUGGACGGCGUGCUCUGGGAGCCGCCGGUUCGCAAUAGAUGGUAUUUUCACGGAGAUGACCUGAUAGAAAGCCUCUCGUCUUCAGGAGGUUACUUGCUUUCUCUGUCUUCCAACGGGACCGCCGUAUUUCUCAACGUGGCCACUCCCACAUCCGGGCCACAAAUCCUACACCUAAACGUCCGUAGUUGGUCGGCCUACUUAUCCACCCGUGGUUCCUAUUCUUAUGCGGCAUUCGGAGCAUCGUCCGUCCUCUCGCUCACAGUACAUAGCAUCUCGUCCUCAGGACUGUCCCACACGCCAACAGCCAUCCUCACGUCUGGCGGCGGGGCCGAAGAGCAGAAACAGUCCGCUGUGUACGGCAUCUGCGGCGCUCCCCCAUCAUUCCCAUGGGGUUCUUCGGAUCAGAUAAUAGUGUCCGGAUGGUAUGAUGGACCAGUCCGCGUGCACGAUCUCCGAUCCUCCGUCCGUGCACGGAUGGGCGAUUCGACGUUGGGGCCCGCGCCUCUUACCCCCGUUCUCUCGGUCUAUGACCCGUGGCUAUUCGAACCCAAUUACUCCGUGUCAUGUGGUGGCGGAUCGUCUAGUUACAUUGCCGCGGGCACUGCACGCCACAGCGUCGUCGCCUUCUGGGAUGUCCGUAAUCCGGCGGGCGGCUGGAGUGUGCAUGCACCGGGCAACGACUCGUCCCCUGUAUACUCCGUUAUUCUGGAAAGCUCUCGCCUUUUCGGAGCGACGCAGUCACGGUCCUUCGUGCUAGACUUCGGACCCAAUGUCCACGAAGAAACUUAUCCACGUCUCAAGCACAACAAUUUCCGUGCAGACGGUUUGAAGAAAACGCAUAGGGAUGACAUCGGAUUCUACGUCACGAAAUACAGCCAUUGCCGCUAG